GACGGGAAGGUAAUUUGACGGCGAUGUACCCGAGGGCGGGAGCCAAUUGAAGGGAUUGCGAACGAAUGGCGCGAGCAAAGAAACGUAUGUACAAAAAAAACAAAGGUGCUAUUUUCGUGGGAUGGCAGGUGAUGCCCGUCGGGGUAAGGGGGGGCGUAGUACUAGGGGGAGAAUGGGCGGCUGCUUUCUUUACAUUUUGUGCCCGCUUCCGGCUAGCUCCCGCACAUGGCGCCUUGGCGAGGCCUCUCGGCUUUGGCUCGCGUGGAAGUCGAAACAUCUCGCCUUCCCAAAUCCCCUCACCCAAUGUCGCUCGCUACCUAUUGGCGACGCUCACGACAGUGUCCCUUUCAUCGAUGAUCGGCCACGACUGCAAUUGACGUACGUGCGAAGAUGCGUGCUUGGUCCUGCGUCCGUAAGCGCGUCGACCGUUUGCGGCGGUCAAAAAGAAUUUCAAGGCCCACCGCAGAUCUAAUAUCCAUCCGUGAUCCAUCCACGCCAUCACAACGUGGCAAGUGGGCCAGCCCUGGGGGAAAGAAGGCGCAAGCGGGAGGGGGGUCGAACGUGC